AUGGACCAAGGGUAUAUGAUCGUUGAUGGCAAUUUGGCGGACAACAUGGCCGAUAUUGCCGGCUAUAUUGACCAGCUUAAUGGCGAAGAGCAGGACGGACCGCUUGUGCAGGUUGCCGCCGAGCUGGCAGCCACCGAGGAGCCUUCCCAGCAGCAGGAGCUGUACUUUACACUGGCCGAAGGCUCUGCUGGCUUGCUCAAGGGCCCGCUGAACGAUCUUGAGGCCAGCUACAACCUGCUUCUUUUUGUUCUGUCGCAGGCACCCGACUUUGGUACGCUUAUGCCGGUCAUCCUUGCGAACUUGGCCAGCGAUAUCCCCGAGAGCAGUGCUCAGCAGCUGGUUAUUUUGGCGAUCUUGGGCAACCUGUUCAACAUUAUGCCCCGUAAUUCGCGGUUCCGCUUCGACGUCUUCAACAAGAUCGUCGACUUUUCUAUUGCCGCCGGCACGCUUGGCCAGUUGGUCCCCCAGCUUUCCCAACUUCCGGAGUGGCUCGCUGAGUGGAACGCUACCGAGGAUAACAAGACUGAUAUUUACAACAAGCUUGUCAACUCCUUGAACACACUCUCACCCAAGGCGACCUACCAGCUGCUGCUUGCUGCCAGCAAGGCCAAUGCGGCGGGCGAUAUUACCGAGCAACUUGUCACAGAUGUUCUUGCAAACACUCACAUUUACGACUUUGACGAGGUACUUGCAGUUCCCGCUGUUCAGCAGCUGCCCAAGACCAACAGCGAUCUUUAUGCCACCCUCAAGGCUGUCUCAAUCGGAGACUACGAUGCAUUCAAGAGCCUGCCUGCUGCUUCCAACCCUCAGAUCCAGUCCAAGGCCCGGGUUGUUGCUCUUGCUAAAAUCGCUGGCACCAAGCGUGCCGUCUCGUACGCCCAGAUCAGCGCGGCCACUGGUGUCGAGGCUUCCCGGGUGGAAAUCCUCGUUAUUGACGCCAUCAAGGCCGGUCUUAUCAAGGGCCGCAUGGACCAGUUCAAGCAGGAGCUUCUGGUCGAGCAGGUGACGCCCGUUGGCGAGUUCACAAACGCUCACUGGGAAGAGAUCGAAAAGAGACUAGGGGCAUGGAAGGAGUCUUUGAGCAACGUGCUGGCCAUUUCCAAGAGCGCCCGUGACAACAGCGACCGUGUGGCCAACCUUAGCAAGGCCCUUCGUGCGUAG